UGCGAAACCGGGGAGCCAAAUACUACUCAUUCUCGACUUCAUACAGAGCACAUUUCUUCUACGGUAGACUUUUCGAUCCUAGUAACAAAGAUAUCACUACGUCUCGCAAAUCUACCAAUACCCCUUCCAGUUCACUACUAAUUAAUUCUCAAAAUGGGGAUUUAUAUCACCGACCUCACCGAGGCAGACAUUCCAGGAGCAGUAGAAGCAGUACAGCAAGCCUUUGUUGGAGAUCCUUAUAACGUAUGGGUUUAUGACCAAGCGAAAUUCGACAGCCAGCGGAACUUUGAAUCUCUUGCCAUUCGAAUGAGGUGGGGAAUGCACAAUGGAAUCUUUCACGUUGCCAAAGAAGAAAACAGUGAUAAAGUGCUGGGCGUAGCGAUGUGGUUGCGUCCCCAACCCGCAGAUCAGCCUCCAACAUGGAGCGACUGGUUCGAGGGCUGGAAGCUAUACUUUGGACAAGUACGCAUGAAUCUGUGGUACGGUCGUGGAGGAUUAAAUGUCAAGCGAUAUUAUAUCUGGAAAGAUGCCCAGGCCAGUGCCCAGUCGACUCUCUGGACAGACCCCCGGGGCUACUUCUUUCUGAACAUCAUGGUUGUUGUCCCCGAGGCUCAAGGCAAAGGUGUCGGGGCAAAAUUGAUGAAGGCUGUCACAGACGAAGCCGAUGCCAAGGACAUGAGAUGCUACUUAGAGUCAAGCCGUGACGUCCCCAACGUAGCCAUCUACGGACGUCUAGGGUUCAAGUUCCAGAAGGAAAUGAUUUGCGAUGAUGACGGUGAUGCAAUUAAGCUGUUUACAAUGAUAAGGGAACCUCAUGCUGAGCCAUCCAGCGGGAGGUAGACGGCAAAACUAGGUAGGAACCAGUCCUUCGAGAAAGCAUGACCACAUUAUAUCUUUAUCUGGCAUCUAGUGCCUGUGUUAAUUUGUUCCUUUUCGUGUUUUACCUAAUAAUCAGAGAUGAC